AUGGCGGAGCUGGAACUGAAGGUGCUGUCCUUGGCCAUGAUCUUCAGCGAUGCACAGGGUCCAGACCUUAGGGAGGCUUUGGUAUGGGGGUACGCCACCUGGAUCCUGUGGUGUGCCAUAAGCCCCCAGGGAGAACCAUUUGGUCCCUGGAGUGAGCUGUUAGGACCUCAGGCGGCAUGCUGGCCCAGGCCCGGGAUCUGGAGCCGUGAGCUCCGAUCGGGACCGGUCUGUGCCUGUGGGGCCCUGACAAGCCCUCUCGCUAGCAGCACCACGGCCAACAGUGAGCGCACCUUCGUCGCCAUCAAGCAGGACAUCAAACCGGACGGCAUGCAGCGCGGCCUGGUGGGCGAUAUCUUCAAACGCUUUGAGCAGAAAGGAUUCCGCCUUGUGGCCAUGAAGCUCCUUCAGGCCUCUGAGGAGCAUCUGACGCAACACUACAUGGACCUGAAAGACUGCCCAUUCUUCCCGGGGCUGGGGAAGUACAUGAACUCGGGACCAAUUGUGGCCAUGGUCUGGGAGGGGCUGAAUGUAGUGAAGACCUGGCGAGUGAUGCUUGGAGAGACCAACCCAGCAGAUUCUAAACCAGGCACUAUUCGUGGGGACUUCUGUAUUCAAGUUGGCAGAAACAUCAUCCACGGCAGUGAUUCAGUAAAAAGUGCCGAGAAAGAAAUCAGUCUGUGGUUUAAGCCAGAGGAAUUGGUUGACUACAAGCCUUGUGCCAAUGACUGGACCUAUGAUUAA